AUGCUGCUUUCAUACCUUCAAUACCGACUGGCUUGCUGGAAGAAGCGUAACGAUCGACAGUCCCAAAUACAAAGCCUGACGCCGGAGUACCGCCUCCCGCUCGACACCAACGAUGUCUCUAUCCUUGAACAACCCGUCAGCGACACUAUCGACGACAUCAAGGCCGGACGCUUAACUCCCAAGGAGGUGCUCCUAGCAUACGGAAAGAAGGCUAUCAAAGCCCAAGAAUCAUUGAAUUGCAUCGCCGAGGUCCUCAUUCCCAAAGCUGAGAUAUGGGCGGAGCAAUGCAAUACUCAGGGUCCUCUAGCCGGAAUCCCGGUCAGCUUGAAGGACAUGGUGAACGUGGAGGGCUAUGAUUCCUGCCUAGGAUUCGCUGCCCUUGUUGGCAAGCCCGCGACAGAGAACUCAGCUAUCGUCAAGCUGCUGGUCGAUGCCGGGGCGGUACCGUUUGUCAAGACCACUGUGCCGAUCACACUCAUGUCUUACGAGUGUAGUUCUGAUGUGAUAGGUACUACGGAGAAUCCCCACAAGAAGGGAUACUCACCAGGAGGGUCGAGCGGCGGGGAGGCUGCGCUCUUGGCGUAUGGUGGCUCCCGUAUCGGCAUAGGCACUGACGGUGCAGGCUCGGUUCGAGUGCCCUCACAUUAUUCAGGGACGUACACAAUAAAAGCGUCCACGACUCGGUUCAUCAGCCGAGGGGACGCAAACAAUCAUGGAGGACAGGAGGGGGUGCUGUAUGUGCACUCUCCUAUGGCUAGAACGCUGGAAGAUCUUGAAACAUUCUGGAAAGGUGUCAUGGCUAUGGAACCCUGGAAUUACGACCAUACUGUGAUAAAAAUGCCUUGGAGGACGGUCGAUCUCUCUGCUAAAAGACUCAAGUGGGGCGUAAUGUGGACUGAUGGUGUAGUCACACCUUCUCCGGCUUGUAGCCGCGCCCUGACAGAUGUUGUGUCGGUGCUCAAGCAAUACGGCUAUGAUAUUGUAACAUUAAAUCCCCCAUCACCUUAUGAGGGUUUCAAGAUCGCAUCUCAGCUUCUCGCAGACGAAUUACGCCAAACUGACAAUAUCCUUCUCACCGGAGAAUCCAACGACCCCGGUAUGGUUCAGGCGAAUGGCAUGUACUCCACGCCCGCGUUCGUCAAGCGCAUGUACGCUUGGUACCUCCGCUACCUCCGCGGCGACGAGACCUAUGCCGGGCUUAUAGAAGGCUGGGGUCCGAAAUCCGCACAAGAGUAUUUCAGGCUUGUGGCUCAGCGAGAGGAGUAUCGGGCGCGGUGGUUCACGAUGUGGCAGGAGACGGGGGUCGACUUUGUGUUGACUUGUCCAAACGCGAUGCCGGCAAUACCGCAUGGGGCCAUGAAGGAUGCGUUUACGAAUUGUUUGUAUGCCUUUCUGUUCAAUAUGCUCGAUUACUCCGCGGGCGUCCUUCCAGUGACGCACGUCGAUCGCGAGCUAGACGCGUUAGACAAGUUGUUCAAAGCGACCAAUACCAUCGAGCGGGGCGCGUACAAACACUAUGAUCCCGAGAAGAUGCAUGGACUACCGAUUGGAGUACAGAUCGUUGGUCGCAGGUUGGAGGAGGAGAAGGUAAUGGAGGGAAUGAAGAUCGUCCAAGGGCUCUUGAGAAAGGAGGGAAAGGGGGUACUCAGCCUCUCUCAGCAGAAGUACAACUACCUGAUACUCCGAGCAAUGAACCUUCAGUCAGGUUACUCCGACCGUUGUGGGAUAUCUAGACAAGGCGCUUCGGAUCCUGUCCGGUAUCGUGUUGGUCUAUCUGUGGGUCUACUGCUGUUUACAAGACAUGUACAAUAUACGAAUAUCAGGACCAAUAAGUUAAGUGAUGCUUGGACGAGUAUUUCUCGUCGAUGUCGCAAUUGA